UAUAUUUUCUAGGUCUCGAUUAACUCUUCCGGUUCCAAAAUGGACGAGAUGGCUGCCUACUACCCAGCACCCCACUACCCCUACUACCAACCGCCUCCACAGGCUGCUCCUCCGCAGCUCGGGGUGCCUCCGCCACUUCAUCAUACGGAGGCGGUGCCACAGCCACACCACCACCACCUGCCUCAGCCAUACCUACCCCACCCGCAGCCCCCGUUCGGUUCCUACGCGCCUCCUCUGGUCCUUCAGGGUCUGCCAGACGAAGUCCGAACCCUAUUCGUUGCUGGCCUCCCUGAGGACGUGAAGGCCCGCGAAAUCUACAAUAUGUUCCGGGAAUUCCCGGGUUACGAGUCUUCCCAUCUUCGGACCCCGACCCAAACGUCUCAGCCAUUCGCAUUUGCUGUAUUCUCUGAUCAGCAGUCGGCAAUCGUGGCUUUGCAUGCACUGAAUGGGAUGGUGUUUGAUCUUGAGAAGGGGUCAACCCUAUAUAUUGAUCUAGCAAAAUCUAAUUCUAGAUCCAAGCGCACAAGAACAGAUGAUGAAAGAUUUGGUUCAGAUAAAAAAGCUAGAGGAUCUACGUUUUCAAGGGGCACUCCUGAAUCUGCAGGUCUUGGCAGCAUUCACAUGCCUGGAAUGGGUAAUUCUGCUUACAACACGAUUGGUUAUCCAUCUGCACAAAGUCCUGGAAAUUUUGAUGCCAGAGCCAUAAAUGAGACAGCAGCUGCAAAUUUGAAUAAUCCUUCUGCGCCUAAUGUUCCACAAAAUGUUACCCCAUGUCCAACACUUUUUGUGGCUAAUUUGGGGCCAACUUGUACAGAGCAAGAGCUAAUUCAAGUAUUUUCAAGAUGUCCAGGGUAUCUAAAAUUGAAGAUGCAGAACACAUAUGGGGCUCCUGUUGCCUUUGUUGACUUUCAGGAUACCGCCUGUUCAACUGGAGCUUUGAAUCAUCUGCAAGGCACACUUCUGUACUCAUCACUAGCAGGAGAGGGCAUGCGGUUACAGUUUGCAAAAUCACGGAUGGGAAUGCGGAAGAAGUCAAAGUAAAUUGCAGAUUACAAGGAGAGAUAUAUACAUAUGAUGAACCAUUUGGCUGUGCUAUUGUCUUGACUGUAUGCACAUCUUACUGUAGUUUUUUGUCCCAGAAAAUACGUUGUCUGAAUAUCAGUGUAGCUGUUGAACAGAUCUUUAUUCCUCUUCGUUGAAUCAGAUAAUGUCUUUUCGGUAAUGGAUGCUUAAAUGCAUUCCAAUGAAAUCCUGCGUGACCCUCC